AUGGCACCGUCUAUCGCUACUCCUGAGCACGUUGGCCUCCGGGCCCCAAUCAAGACUGCCCUCAAGACCAACGCAGGGCACAACAAGGAGAACCUGAUCGGUUAUGGAGAGACAUACAAGCAUGGAGACGAACUAAAGGGCACUGUCAAGCAGCCUCCUGCAUCAUUCCCUAACUAUCUUCCCGUUUGGGACAACGAGACCGAGAGAUACCCACCACUCCAGCCCUUCGAGCACUACGACCACGGUAAAGACGCCAACCCAGCUUUCCCAGACCUCUUCCCGAAGAAUGGAUCCUACCACCUCGAUGAACUCACACCCACCAUCGGCUCCGAAGUCACCGGUAUCCAACUAAGCCAGUUAACCAAGGAAGCCAAGGACCAACUCGCCCUCUUCGUGGCGCAGAGGAAAGUCGUCGCCUUCCGCGAUCAAGACUUCGCCCACCUCCCCAUCGACAAGGCUCUCGAAUUCGGCGGCUACUUCGGCCGUCAUCACAUCCACCAAGCCUCUGGUGCUCCCAAGGGCUACCCUGAGAUUCACCUCGUUCACCGCGGGGCAGACGACACCAGCGGCGCAGACUUCCUCGCCGGCCACACAAACUCAAUCACCUGGCACUCCGACGUCACCUUUGAAGUGCAGCCGCCCGGAACUACAUUCCUGUACUUGCUCGAUGGGCCCACGAGCGGCGGAGACACGCUCUUCGCGGACAUGGCACAGGCGUACAAGCGUCUCUCGCCUGAAUUCCGCAAGCGCCUGCAUGGCCUCAAGGCUGUGCACUCCGGUGUCGAGCAGGUAAAUAACAGUCUCAACAAGGGCGGCAUUGCUCGCCGGAACCCCAUUUCGACUGAGCACCCCAUUGUGAGGACACAUCCUGUGACGGGGGAGAAAGCCCUGUUUGUUAACCCGCAAUUCACCCGCAACAUCGUCGGCUAUAAGAAGGAGGAAUCAGACUUCCUCCUGAAGUUCCUUUACGACCACAUUGCCUUAUCACAGGACAUCCAGGCCCGCGUGAGAUGGCGCCCUGGCACGGUUGUCGUCUGGGAUAACCGAGUUGCCUGCCACAGUGCCCUCUUUGACUGGGCUGACGGCCAGAGACGACAUUUGGCGAGAAUUACACCUCAAGCCGAGCGGCCUUAUGAAACGCCAUUCGAUGGUUAA